CACGCACGCCGCCUCGCGAAACACAAAAUGCGGUUAUUACUAGCAUCGUUGGUGGUCCUGACUGUGUUAUCUGCUGCUGCGGCGGAACAAGGCCGUAUAGUAUGCUACUUCAGUAACUGGGCGGUGUACCGACCCGGUAUUGGCAGCUAUGGUAUAGAUGACAUCCCAGUUGACCUUUGCACCCACAUCAUCUACUCCUUCAUUGGAGUUACUGAGAAUACCCAUGAGGUGCUGGUUAUAGAUCCAGAGCUCGACGAAGACAGGGGAGGUUUUCGUAAUUUCACCUCGUUGCGUAAAACACAUUCAAAUGUCAAGUUCAUGGUUGCCGUGGGGGGGUGGGCAGAGGGCGGCUCCAAGUACUCCCGGAUGGUGGCCCAAAAAUCCUCCCGGAUGGCCUUCAUCAGAAGCGUUGUUGACUUCUUAAACAAAUACGAAUUUGAUGGUCUUGACCUUGACUGGGAGUACCCUGGAGCAGCAGACCGAGGUGGGUCAUUCUCCGACAAGGAUAAGUUCCUAUACUUCGUCCAGGAGUUGAGAAGAGCUUUCAUCAGAGCCCGUAAGGGCUGGGAGCUGACUGCCGCCGUGCCAUUGGCUAACUUUAGACUCAUGGAGGGGUAUCACGUUCCUGAAUUAUGCGACCUCCUAGACGCUAUACACGUGAUGUCAUACGAUCUUCGCGGUAACUGGGCUGGAUUCGCUGAUGUGCAUUCGCCCUUAUACAAGCGUCCUCACGACCAGUGGGCUUAUGAAAAACUUAACGUGAACGACGGUUUAAACCUCUGGGAGGAAAAGGGAUGUCCUUCAAACAAAUUAGUCGUCGGUAUUCCCUUCUACGGGCGAUCUUUUACCCUCUCAGCGGGUAACAAUAACUAUAAUCCCGGAACUUUCAUAAACAAGGAAGCGGGUGGUGGUCACCCAGCUCAGUACACCAAUGCAACUGGCUUCUGGGCCUAUUAUGAGAUUUGUAUGGACGUAGACAAACCCGACACGGAAUGGACUAAAAAAUGGGAUGACCAUGGCAUGUGUCCCUACGCAUACAAAGGCACUCAAUGGGUUGGAUAUGAGGAUCCUCGUAGUGUUGAGAUCAAGUUGAACUGGAUUAAGCAGAAGGGCUACUUAGGAGCGAUGACCUGGGCCAUAGAUAUGGACGAUUUCCAAGGUAUCUGUGGGGAGAAGAACCCGCUUUCCAAACGAUUGCACCAAUUCAUGUCAACAUAUACCGUGCCACCGCCGAGACAAGGCAAUACUACACCAACUCCUGAGUGGGCCAGACCACCUUCAACACCAUCAGACCCUUCAGAAGGAGAACCCAUCCCCACCACCACUAGAGCUACCACCCAAGCUAGCAGUAUUACCACCACACAAGCCACCACUUCAACUACCGUUACCAUCGAAGCAGCUGCAGAACCUCAAAAACCUGUUCAGGAUGUGGAACAACCACCAGCGGAGAAUGAAGUGGACAGCCCCGAGAUUUGCAGGUCUUCUGAAGAUUACGUAGCAGACAAAAGUCGGUGCGAUAAGUACUGGCGUUGCGUGAAUGGGGAAGGCAUGCAGUUCACAUGUCAGUCUGGGACUGUCUUCAACACAGCGUUGAAUGUAUGUGACUGGCCAGAUAACGUUGAUCGUAGCGAAUGUAAAAAGGCGUGAUGAGACUAGAAUACUUAAAAGACUUUAUUCGAUGUACACCGAUACAAUCUAAUUUAAAUAGGCUGGUACCUGGUAAGCGUACUGGAAAAAAUGAUAGACUUUUGACCAGAAUUAAAGAAAAGAAUAAAAUUCUUCGGAGAAAAUUCAAAGAUAAAAAAUAACAAAUUUUUCCUAUGUUGGUCAUAUAAUCUUGAAGGAUAUUAUUAUUUUAUUCACAGGUCUUAUUGCACUAUUUUAAUUAAUGUACUUUUGUCUCUUUCUGCCAAAUUGUUUUUACGAUAUGAUAAAUAAGUAGAGUACUUUAACCACUGGAAUAUGAUUUAUUUUUAUACAUAUCAGCUUGAGUUAAGUUAAUUUCUUAAUUAAAUUCAACGUUCAAAGUUAAAAUUAUACUGUCCCAGAUGCUAGACAAUAUUCCCUAACUGUUUCUUAAAUCUUUAGACUCGAUAAACUCUUAAAUAACAAAGCCCGGUUUAACAGAGUUUUAUCACUUCAGAGGUUCGUAGUACAUCGGAUAAAAUAGUCUUUUUAAUCGACGAUAGUAGAGAUACAUAACAAGUAUAUAUAAAGCGUAAAUUUGAUCGUUUGCACUUUAAACGCGUAUCUGUAAAACGACUUCAUGAGUACGUUAACCUUUAAGGUUAUUUGAAUUCAUAUUAGUGAUUUAUGGAGUCCCACAUAUCGUAAUAAAAUUAUUUUUAUCUUGUAUUAAAAUCUUUAUCAGUUUAUAA